AUGACGUCGGCGAUGGCUUUCUCCCUGGCACAAAGAGAAAGAGAAAGACAGAGAGACAAGCCGAGCCGAGCUGAGCUAAAUCUGGCUAGCGACCGGUCUGCCUGCCUGCUUUGCCCGAACUUAGCCCAAAAGCUCGAAGAGUACGCAUCAAGCUUUUCAAUGAAUAAAUCAAUGACAUUAACUGCACUUCGAUCCAGCACUCUUACACCUCGUUUGCCCUCCACGCAAGAUCCACUUUAG